UGUCCCUCGGAUACAACGCAUCACCGAUCAACGGAAAGAGCCGAAGAUCUCGGCUCGGUCAUAUGAUCAGCUGUGUCCAAUCACAGCUGAUCACAUGUAAACAGGGAAAUGCAGGUUAUCAGCAUUUCUCUCCUCACGAGCUGACAGAGAGACAAUCAUCAGAGCACUGAUGACCAGUGUGCCCUGAUGAUCUGUGUAGCCCCAGCAGUGCCACCUGUCAGUGUCCAUCAGUGCCAGCUGUCAGUGCUUAUACAUGCCACCUGCCAGUGCCCAUCAGUGCCACAUAUCAGUGCCCAUCUGAGCUGCCUUUCAGUGUCACCCAUCAGUGCCCGUCAGUGCCACCUAUCAGUGCCAGUCAGUGCCGCCUAUCAGUGUGCAUCAAUGCCGUCUAUCAGUGCCCGUCAG